CCGUCUCUAGGUGAUUUAGCGCCGCCAGUCUCAAGCAGGUGUCCAACAUGGCGAUCACGGGAAGCGGAUCUCUCGCUAUUUCUCUCUCGGUUUUCGUGAUUUCAGCGGCGUUUCUUCCGAAAGGAGCUGCUGAAACCGUGACAGUCGAAGGUCAGAAUCUGGCAACCGACAAUGUGUCUGUGAUCGAGGGGGAAAUGGCUACCAUCAGCUGCAGAGUGAAGAACAACGACGAUUCUGUCAUCCAGCUUCUCAACCCUAACAGACAGACCAUCUACUUCAAAGAUGUUCGACCUCUGAAGGACAGCCGGUUCCAGCUGGUGAAUUUCUCUGACAACGAACUCCGGGUGUCUCUGUCCAAUGUGUCACUCUCCGAUGAGGGACGCUAUGUGUGCCAGCUCUACACAGAUCCUCCUCAGGAAGCCUACGCAGACAUCACUGUCUUGGUCCCGCCAGGAAGCCCAAUCAUUGAGAGCCGCGAGGAUGUGGUCAGCGAGGGGAACGAGACGGAGCUCACCUGCACUGCCAUUGGCAGCAAGCCAGCUGCCUCCAUCAGAUGGAUGAAAGGGGAGGAAGAACUGACAGGUGAAACAACAGUCGAAGAGACGUAUGACAGGAUGUUUACUGUCAGCAGCCGUGUAAGAUUUUCUGUCACCAAAGAGGAUGAUGGAGUACCAGUGGACUGCAUCAUUGACCACCCAGCUGUAAAGGACCUCCUAGCUCAAAGACACUUGGAAGUGCUAUAUAAACCAGAAGUGAAGAUUGUGGUGACAUAUCCUGAAGGUUUAACCAGAGAGGGUGACAAUUUAGAUUUGACAUGUAUCGCAGAAGGAAAACCACAUCCCCAUCAGAUCAACUGGCUGAGAGUAGACGAGGACGUGCCGCCUCAUGCCGUGGUCACCGGUUCUGAUCUCUACAUCGAGAACCUCAAUAAAUCCUACAACGGCACCUAUCGCUGCGUGGCUUCCAACGCUGUGGGCGAGGCUUAUGACGACUACAUCCUCUAUGUAUAUGAUGCUCCCACUACUAUCCCUACACCCACCACCAACCCAGUCAACACGCAAGACUCCAGAGCCGGCGAGGGGGCACCGCAGAAAAUUGACCAUGCUGUCAUUGGAGGAGUGGUUGCCGUGGUGAUGUUUGCCAUCCUCUGUGCACUCAUUGUUCUUGGUCGAUACUUUGCCAGACACAAAGGAACUUACUUCACACACGAAGCCAAAGGGGCGGAUGACGCAGCCGACGCCGACACGGCCAUCAUUAAUGCGGAGGGAGGACACAACAACACAGAUGAGAAGAAGGAGUAUUAUAUCUAAAAUGGACAGGCCAGGAGAGACGGGUGGGGGUGGUGGUGGUGGUGGUGGACGAUGCUGUAGUGGCAUUAUGUCUAACUCUGAUUGGUUACAAGAAGGCUUGGGGCGGGAUUUAAAGAAAUAUGGAAGGCCAAGUGAAGAAAGAAAAAGAUGAAAGUAAGACUGGCAUGGCCAAUUGGUAAGCGGCGUUGCUGAGUCUCCUAUCCGACCCUUCCUGGACUGCUGGGGCCUAUUCUGUACAGUUCAAUUAUUUUACAGACAAUUUUGUGCCUUGUUCUAUUUCUUUUGUUUAUUUUGUUGUUUUUUUCCCUCUCAUGUGCUUGUUGGAUUGGAUUUUCCCAUGUACUCCACCUGAUCCUUUGUUGCAUUUGGCUUUUGGAGGAGAUUAAAUGGCCUGGUGUUUGUCUAUGUGUGCUGCAGCUAGCUUUUAGCUCAUGUUCCUGUAUCUGAGAAGUGCUGUGCACUAGGAGCACAUACACACACGUUUUUCUUUUCUUCGGAGGGGGUGGGAUGAGGUGUCGGGGGACGGGGGGGGAUAAUCUCCAGAGUUCACACAGUGUCAACACAUUUCUCCUGGCCAGGUCAGAGUCCAAUGGCCCCAGCAAAUUCAACAUACAUCCAAUCGGAUUGGUUUCAACCUAUUUCACUCACCCUUUGAGUUUAGUUUAUUUAACUGCAUAUGUAACAAUUGUGAGUAUUCAUGCUCAUGAUAGAAUGUAUUGUUACCAGAAAAUGACUUAGGAGUGCAGUUAGGUAUCAUUUCACACCAAACCACUACAACUGGUCUCUUGUUGGCUUCAAGAAAACAUCUGACAAUUAGUACAUGUGCGCUUAGUUUAGUGCUUGUUUAGGAUAUUGUGGAGUGCCGUCUAAGACAUCACGACAGCUGUAAUGUGCCAUGAUAUAGAGACAAAGUUUCUAUGAAGAUAAUCAGAACUAUUCUUUUGUAUCAUUUAACUGUCAGCUGAGAAGACACUAAAUCAACAUUUGAGGAUAAUAUCUCUUUCAAUCACCUUUUCUUUUAUUAGAUCUGGUUCUGAUGAAAAAUCUUAAACAUUGGGGAAUGAGUUUAAUCUUUUUUUUCUGGGGGUGGAUGGACCAAAAACAUAGCAGAAAAUGUUGCUCUCAUAAUUGCAAAGCUAAAAGACUUGCUGUCUGUUUGCAGGCUUUUGCAUUAACUUCACCUUGUACUAUCUAAUAGAGCAACUGGUCCUGCUGCAAUUAUCAUUGAAUCUUUUCUAGAUGUAUUAUUUGUUAGAUGUUGCUACAGUCUGCUGUGUCUGCUUAACCUUGACUUCUUUUCAUACCAUUCACAUGGUCGACCCUGGACCAAAUAUGAUAAGUAUGUGUGUGUUUGCAUAUACAGUGAAAAUUAUGCAGCAAACGCUGUAAAAGUCCACUCGGCAGACUGCUCCUUUUAAAAAACUGAUUUUUUUGUAUCAUGUAAUACAAAUAAUAGAAAUCUUGAACCUUUAACAGGCAACAUGACAAGGACUUCAGCUUAUGGUGUUUCUCAAGGUUUCAUCUUUUUAUUUGACUUGUGUUAACAUAGGACAUUCCCAUUUCAAUUGAAAACUUUUCUUUCAAUGUUCUGUUGAACUGUAUCAAGGUGUGUCCAUCUGAAUACCCAUAGCAAGUUGAGAAAAAUUUUCUCUGCUUAUUUCUUGGCUUAGAAAUCCCUGCUACAGAGCUUUUUUUUUGCCCUUGCCCAUAUACAAGUAAAAAGACUUUCAAUCACCGCAAACAUGAAUCAGUUAUAUUUCCUUGCUGUCUGUAAAGACAUUUUACCUUUGGGCUGUCUUUGAUAACUUGUAAGGGCUCUUGGGCUUACAAGUUAUCAAAGAUUUGCGUAAAGCUUUAGACUUGGUUUGGGAAAGAUCAUUUUCUUACUGUCAUUCUACAGCCUCAAACCUUCACAGAGGAGCCAUCUACUGUUACCGAUUUUUUUUUUUCCACCGACACAAAUCAGAAGAUCCUUCGUUCAUAGACAGAGCCGCAGUGUGCACACCAUGCAUGCUUCCUGCUUCUGUCGCAGCUACAAGAGUAAUUAGUGAGUGAUUUCAAUGUAUUGCCUGAAUAAGAAACAAAUCUGUAAAUGUAUUAUGAAAAAGGAUAACCACUGCCUUAAACCCACCUCUUGAUACUUAUUAAAGGAAAAGACUGAAGGACUUAAUUUAGUGCCUUCUUAGAUUUUGAGGCAAAUGGUUAGUAUCACACAGUAUCCUCAUGUACACUCUUACAGUAUAUCUUGUAUAUUUCUGUCCUUUCUAACUUACAGGGCCAAUACUCAUUGAAGUUGUCUGUAUUCACGCACCAUAGACUUGCAUCACGAUAAUGACCAGAAACGGAAAAGGCUGAAAUGAGUUUGAUGUUAAAAAAAAAAAAAAGAUGAUUUUUAAAAAAAUAUUAUUAUUAUUUUAUGUUAAUCUUUUUUCAGUGGGCGUGGCAGCUUCCACUGACUAGAAUGUCUUAUGUCAGGAUGUAGUAUUUAUUGUCUUAAUUACUUAUCACAAAAGAAUUUCAAUUUGGUUGCCAUUUUUUUCUCUGCUCACUUGUUAUUUAUUUGGAUAUCUUCAAGAACAAGGCUCACUAGUAAUUUCAGAGAGGUAUACAGUACUAAAAGCUAUAAUAAGCUACAAUAAAAAUCAGUUUUGUUUCUGGAUUUAGAGUUUUUUGCUGUCAUGGAAAAAGUUACCUGCAUGACAAAUUUUGUUUUGAUAUUUAUCUUAAAUGGUUUAAAGUGACUGCUGCUUUUCAAUUGAAGAACAUAAAACAUUGACGGAAGCAUCAUUUAAAUCCGGUUUUAUUAAGUUUUUUUCUUUUCAAUACUUGAUAUUUAGUAUAUUUGUGUUCACUCUCUCAGGUUCAUGAGUGUUAAUAGUUGUGUUUUUUUGCAUCUCAGGUAGAAUGCAAAUGUAAGGCCCCGAGUAUAUACUGUAGUACCACAGUUAUUCGAAAAGUGAAGAAAUCACAAGAUGUACAUGUUUUUCUCAGUUGUACAUGUUUAUGUGUUCUUAAUAUGGUGCACUGUUACAGUAAACGUUACAUAUUAUUUUGCAUAGACCUAGUUCACAAAGAAAGAAAACUAGAUUUGUUAAGCAGACAAAAAUUAUGUACAGUCAAUGUCAACAAAAUCACAAUGAUGUGCAUAAAACUUCCACUGUAACACUUUGCUCAUACAGUAUGUUAUUUAGUAAUUAGAGGAUGUGACCACGCACACACUCAAUCCAAGUAUCUGUUUGUUCUUUAGCAGUUAAUUCAUGCAUUUUCCUAUGAACUUUCAUAGACAAAAAGGUGGUGUACUUACUGUGACAUGGAGUUUUAUGAAUGAUCUGUAACAUGUCUUGGAUAUUUGGAUGAAAAUCAUGUUUAAAGCCUGGGGAGAUUUGAUUGUUUUACUACCCCAAAAUUGCUGUUUUGUUGUUGAAUCCUCAAAUUCUCCGUACCCAGGUGAUAUUUUCUUUUCUGUAGUGAAGAAUGUUUGUUAUGUUUCUCAUAUGACCAUGCAUAUUUUGUAUUGGUUCACCAACAUUUUUACAAAAGAAAAAAAAAAAUCAGAAGAGUACUUGUCUUAAUAAAAAAGAUAUCAAUGUUUAAA